AUGGAUCAUAAAGCUAUAAUGGAGAUGUUCGACAUCUACAUGGGCGCGCGCAGAUCUGAAUCCCAACAGCAGCCAGCACGCCCCAGCCGUUCAGAACGUCAUCGCGCCCGCCGAGAAGCUCAUGCACGCAACCCACCAGCACUCUCUUUCCAUGAGGCAUGGAAUGCCCCUCUUGUUCAGGAUGCGACUGCUCCAAUCCCACAAGCAGCUCCUGCUCCGACCCCACAAUCAGCCCUUGCCCAGACCCCGCAAGUAGCUCCUGACCAGACCGCGCAAGCAGCUCCUGUUCAGACCCGGCAAGCAGCUCCUGUUCAGACCCCAGCAGCAACUUCUUCCCCUGACGAGUCGGUUGCCACCCUUCGGGCCAAGCACCGGCCAAAAGGAGAGAAGCUCCCUUUUGUAGAACCUCAAGCGAAGAUGUCUACCCUCCAUGACCUGAGGGCCUCGUGGUUUUCAUGUCCCACUGCUCACCCCGGAGGAAUUCGCCACCCUAGGGUCCUCACCCUCAUCGGCCGUGACGACAUGGUACCUGCGCAACAGCGAGGUACCCUUCCCAGGCCCACUGCAGCUUCCCAAGUGGUAUUGCCCAGGAGGGCACGUCGGCACACCCCGCGCCGAAUGCCACGACCUCCUCAGGCUCAACCCAGGCAAGCCGCACAAGCACAGCAAGCCAGGCGAAGUAGACGAACCCAGCCUUACGCCAACAGCAGGCGCCUCAGCCUAUUUGGGCUCAGAAUGCAAAGACCAAAUUGAAUUUUAAUCGACCAAGGAUUAUAUUAUUUACUCUCUUCACCAGAUGUCUUUUUGCUAUGCCCAAAAUCUUGUACCCUCAUAUGCUCGAUAUGCUUCUUGAAAUUUAUUUUUUUCAUUCAUCGUUAAUAACCUUGUCCUUGAGUCAAUUUGCUUGCUGGAUUAAGU